AACGCCUGCUAGUUGUAAGUAAUUCAAGUUUAUAAUAAUUUACGCCUUUUAAUAAUUCACAAGUUUUAUUUUUGGUUUGUUUUUUGGUUUGUUUUUUUAAACUCAAACAAAUAUUCGUGAUGACACUCAUAUUCUGAAUGACAGUACUGUUUUAGUUAAACAGUGACGAGAAUGCAAAACUGAGGCUUGAUAGCAACCGUUGUGCCUCAUAUUUAAUGCAACUAAAAUAACUCACCCCAACAACGCAAAUCGAUUUGACUGCAUCUGUGCGGCUGGUGUUAGUUCAUCUAAGCGCUUCUUUACAUACGCCCUGAUUCAUGUGGUCCCGUAAAGGAAUCGUAAAUUAUUGCACUUUAGAUGACUUUCAGCUGGAUUCUGCACCUUAACUUAUGAUCCCCUUUUCACUGACAGUUUGGAUAAUAUUUAACGAACGGUCAUGACAUUUUAAAAUAGACUGCUUAAAACUUUUGAUAUACCUCCUGAAUGACUCUGAGCAAAGCGUAGGCGCCUCUGUUCCUCCACCACCACAAGUCAGCGAUCCUGGGAUUCAUCAGACCCAGGAGUAGGUCGUUCCAGCAGUGAAAAUACGGAUCAAGGUCCGGCAAAAAUAACAUGAAGACAAUUUGCAAGGUGUUGUUGGGGGUGGCUGUGAGUGCUGUCGUCAUCAGUUUGAUAUCGAUCCCUGCAGUUAUGCUAACAGGCAAAAACCAGGACAUCCCCUCACGCAAGAACUUCACACUGGCGGAGUAUUUCAAUGAUACCAUCAGGUACAAGACCUAUUACCUGCGAUGGAUAUCAGAAAGUGAAUAUCUGCAUAAAAAUAAAGAGGGAAAUAUUCUGCUUCACAAUGUCGAAACGGAUGAGAGCGAAACAUUGUUGGCCAAUGACACAUUUGCUCUUGUAGAAGCCAAUGAUUAUUUUGUGUCUGUUGAUCGGAAAUUUGUGUGCUUGGAGAGCAAUUACUCAAAGCUAUGGAGACAUUCAUACACAGCUUCAAUUAGUAUUUAUGAUCUGGACAAAAAGGUAUUCGUGGAAGCCAAUCUACCACAAGAAAUCCAAUACAUGGAGUGGUCUCCCAUCGGACACAAACUGGCGUACGUUUGGAAAAAUAAUGUUUAUUUAAAGUCUGCCCCGAAUGCACAACCUGUUAAAGUAACAACCGACGGAGAAGAAAAUAAAAUUUUCAAUGGCAUUCCUGAUUGGGUGUAUGAGGAGGAAAUGUUUUCAUCAAACAAUGCCAUGUGGUGGUCUCCAACGGGAACAUUUCUAGCUUAUGCACAGUUUAAUGAUACAGAGGUGCAGAAUAUUGAGUACUCGUUUUACGGAGAAGGACAGUACCCAAAUACAGUGCAUAUUCCAUAUCCCAAGGCAGGCUCUAUCAUUCCUACAGCAAAGUUAUUUGUCGUAGACAUGGCUAACACUUCACAAAUCACAGAAGUUGGUGUACCCCCUACAAUAGGUUCAAGUGAUCACUAUUUAUGUACAGUCACAUGGGUAACUGAUGAACGCAUUGCAAUACAAUGGUCAAAAAGGGAGCAGAACUAUGCUACUUUAGCAAUCUGUGAUUACCAAACCAACCAAAACAAAUGGAAUUGCCCAACGACACAACAAUAUGUUGAAGAAAGUAAAACUGGCUGGAUUGGUCGCUUUCGGCCAUUAGAACCCUUCUUUGCAGCAGACAACAUGAGUUUCUACAAGAUAUACAGCAACGAAGAAGGAUAUAAACACAUUCAUCUUGUGAACGGGACAUCACGUACUGCCAUUACAUCUGGACCGUGGGAAGUCAUAUACAUAUCAAAACUAACACAAGAUGCACUAUACUAUGUCAGCAAUGAAUAUGGACAGUUUCCAGGAGGCAGAAACCUAUAUAAGUUUGAUAUUGGAAGCAGUCCCUCCUCUAUAAAAUGCAUUACAUGCACUGUAAACCAAGACAGAUGUCAGUAUAACUCAGCUUACUUCAGCAAAAAUGCAAAAUAUUAUCGCAUGGAUUGUUAUGGACCUGGAAUACCUAUUUUUAAACUUUAUGAUAAUACCAAUAAAGAGAUUAGGGUUCUUGAAGACAACAGUGCUUUGCAAAGCAUUCUUGAGGAGUUCCACAUGCCAAGAACAGAGCAUGGAACUAUUAAGAUUGGCAAUUUCAAGCUUUGGUAUCAAUUGACAUACCCACCUCUAUUUGAUAAAUCUAAGAAAUAUCCUCUACUAAUUGAUGUGUAUGCUGGACCAUGCAGUCAAAAAGUAGACAAUCGCUUCAGACUCAGCUGGGCUACAUACCUCGCAAGCACUGAGCAGGUUAUUGUUGCCAGUUUUGAUGGAAGGGGAAGUGGUUACCAAGGUGAUGGGAUCAUGCAUGCAAUAUACCGAAAACUUGGGACAUUAGAAGUAGAAGAUCAGAUUACAGCAGCAAGAGAGUUUAUAAAUAUGGGCUUUAUUGACAAAGAAAGGAUGGCCAUUUGGGGAUGGUCAUAUGGUGGAUAUGUCACAUCUAUGGUUCUUGGUUCUGGAAGUGGUGUGUUCAAGUGUGGCAUGGCAGUAGCCCCUGUUUCUAAAUGGGAAUAUUAUGAUUCUAUGUAUACUGAGCGUUAUAUGGGUAUGCCUGUUGCAUCAGACAAUCUUGAAUACUAUCUGAACUCCACUGUAACAAGCAGAGCAAAGUAUUUCAAAUUUGUUGAUUACCUUCUUGUCCAUGGAACUGCAGAUGAUAAUGUGCAUUUUCAGCAAGCUGCACAAAUUUCCAAGGCACUCGUUGACGAACAAGUGGAUUUCCAAGCAAUGUGGUAUACAGACAAGGACCAUGGGCUUGGAGGUUUAGCCAAUAAACACGUCUACACGCAUAUGAGCCAUUUCCUCAAGCAAUGUUUUUCAUUACACUAGUUCUUGUAUACCUAAUUAGCAUUUUGUUUUUAUUAUCAUUCCUGUAUUUCAGAAACAUUUGAACGUUUAACUAAUACAAAAUGUAUAUUUGUAUUUUUUAUUAUAGAAUACAUUUUUUAAUUCUGCUAGAUUAAAAAUGCCUUUUUUUUGAAAACCAUAGUAAGUCAUUCAUUACAUUGUCUGUACUGAAAAACUAGGUUUGUCUAUUGAUUCCUUUUGAAUGAGUCUACUGCCUUAUUUUCAUCACCGUUUAUGAACAAUUCAAACACACAUUCAAAUUGCUGUAGUGAAGCAGUCUUUUGUGUUAAGUGGUUACCGUGGGUUAAACUACAAUCUGAUCUGAAUGUGCUUACAAGACCUGGAAACCAGUAAAAGACACGGAAACCAGUAAAAGACCUGGAUGUUUUGCAUAUAAUGUUUUCCAAUGAAUGUGUGAUGUGUUUUAUUGUAACAGCCUGUGUCAAAUAAAGCAACUUUAUUA